AUGGACGACUACGGACUGAACUACUCCAUUUUAAGCAUCACCGCUCCGGGCGUGAACUUCCUCGCCUCCAAACCAAAGAAAGCACAAGCUCUCGCGCGGCAACUCAACCACAUCCUAUACAACUACACCCAAACCCACCCCACAAAACUCGGCGCCUUGUGUCUCCUCCCGCUGCCGAAUGUGAAGCACGCACUGGCUGAAAUCAACUACUGUCUCGACGAACUCCACUUUGCCGGCGUAGGCCUCUACACCAACUACAACGGGCUAUACCUCGGUGACGAGACCCUCGACCCCGUGUUCCACGCCCUGAACGAGCGCAACGCCACCGUCUUCGUGCAUCCCACGACCCCGGGCUGCCACGCAGCGACGCUGGGGUACGGCGGCCCGCUGACGGAAUAUCCCUUCGACACCGUUCGCGCGGUCGAGAAUAUGCUGCUCACGGGACAGCGGCAGCGGUAUCCGAACGUGACUAUGAUCUUCCCGCAUGGCGGCGGCGCGAUCCCGUAUCUUGCGGGGAGGAUUGCGGGCGUCGCUACUCUGGAUGAGCUGGGUGCGUUGGAUCCUGGAUACACGGUGGCCCAGUUGAGAGGGUAUUAUUUUGAUACGGCGGCGGCGUACUCGGCGAUCCAGCUGCAGGCGCUGAGGGCCUUUGGGGGCGUUGGGAGGAUUGUCACGGGUACAGACUUUCCUUACGUGCCGGUCAACCAGGCGAAGCCGGGGCUUGCUUCGAUUCAGGUAAAUGGCGGGUUUAAUAGCUCGGAGAUGGGGAUGAUCAAUAAUGGGAAUGCGUUGUCGAUAUUUCCACGGGUCAGAGACAGGCUGGGGCUUUUUCCCCGACACGCAAUGCACGGCUGCAUGCCUGCAUGCAAGCGGGUGCAGCUUCUCCGCACGAAGACAAGCCAUCUGCCGCUCAGGGCGAGCGUUUCUGUAUCUCUUCAUCUCCCUAAAAGCAAAACCUCCCAAGCCAUACAACGAUACCAAUAUUUUGACAUGAUUUCCAAAGCAACCCUUGCUCUUCUACUCUUGAGCGUCUAUCUUCUCCGUCUUAUAACCAAUAGGUUCAAGUCCGGCCUUCGUGAUAUCCCCGGCCCAACCCUUGCUAAAUACACCCGCCUCUGGAAGCUAUACAGCGUCUGGAAAGGCAAUCACCACACGACCGAGAUCAGUCUGCAUCGAAAGUAUGGACCGCUCGUGCGAAUCGGGCCCAACCAUAUCUCCGUGGGCGAUCCAGCCGCCAUCCCCAUCAUAUACGGCCUCAACCAGGGCUUUACUAAAACGGGAUUCUACCCCAUCCAAUCCAUCUCCUGGGACAAAAAACCGCAGAUGAACCUCUUCUCCACCCGAGACGAGGCCUUCCACCGCAGCCAAAAGCGCCCCGUAGCAAACGCAUACAGCAUGACGUCCCUGCUGGAGAUGGAAGAUGCGAUCGACUCCUGCACGCAUCUCUUCAUGGACCGACUGCGCGCGUUCGCCGCCCACAAGCGCCCCGUCGACCUGGGCACCUGGCUGCAGUACUACGCCUUCGACGUGAUCGGCGAAGUCACCUUUGCGAAGAAACUGGGCUUCCUCGAGGAAGGCCGCGACGUCGACGCCAUGAUGGAAUCCAUCCAGGGCAUCCUGCGCUACGCCAGUCUCUGCGGCCAGGUCCCCGACGCCCACCCGUUCCUCCUGGGCAACCCGCUGUUCCCGAUUUUCGUGCCCAGCAUGGAGUCGUGGAACCAGGUGCUGCAGUUUACGCUGAAGGUGCUCCAUGCGCGGGGUUCGCUGGGCAAGGACGAAGAAAACAUGCAUGAGCAAAGUCCAGAUGAAGGGAAAGAUCAGCUCUCCCGGUGGCUGGCCAUCCACCGGUCCGACCCAGCCAAGCUUUCCAAGCGCGACAUUAUCGUGCACACGUCGACCAACGUGUUUGCCGGCUCCGACACGACGGCCAUCGCCCUGCGCGCCAUAUUCUACUUUCUCCUGCGCCAUCCGUCCGUGCUGGCCAAGGCGCAAAAGGAGAUCGACGCCGCCAACGCCCAGGGCCAGUUCAGUGACCCCAUCUCCUACCGCGAAUCGGUCACGCAUCUCCCCUACCUCGCAGCGGUCUUCAAGGAGGCCAUGCGUCUGCACCCCUCUGUCGGACUCAUUCUCGAGCGCCAUGUUCCGCGACAAGGCGCAUCUAUCGCCGGGAAGCACAUCCCCGGCGGCACGGUGGUGGGCAUCAACGCGUGGGUUCUCCAUCACAACCCCGCGGUGUAUCCUAACCCGGAGGCGUUUGUCCCCGAGCGCUGGUUGGACAGCUCGCCGGCGGCGCUGAAGGCGAUGGAGCAGAGCUUCUUUGCAUUUGGGGCGGGGGCGCGGACCUGCAUUGGGAAGAAUAUCUCGCUUAUGGAGAUGCAUAAGAUCGUGCCGCAGAUCUUGAGGGAGUUUGACGUUAGAUUGUGUGCUCCGGAGCUGGAGUGGAAGACUCGAAAUGUGUGGUUUGUGCAGCAGGAAGGCUUGUCCAAACUCCUCCGUCUGAGAGACACCUGCCUUCUCGCCCAACGGCAGCACCCCCGCUUCCACCAUCUUGACCAGCCGCUCGACAUGCUCCCGCGAAUACAUGAACCGACCCUGCAACCGGAUACUCUUCAGCAUGACCUCUAUAUACGGCACCUCGAUAUUCCCCCCGUACCCGCCCAUGAUAAUGCACCGCCCGAACGGCCGCAGCGCACCCACGCCCGCAGCCAGCAACGCACUCGACGUGACCGCCGGCGGCGAGAAAUCCAGAUACGCAUCCGCGCCCUCACCACCCGCCGCCUCGCGGAACAGCUCACUAUUCCUUGCAGGAUCAUCCGUGACCGUCACCGUUCGCAACCGGUGCCCACACGCAGCGUGGAUGCUCCGCAGCGCGGCGAGAGCGCCGGUAUUCCGCCCCGCCGCGACGACAGUAGCACCCAUCGCCAGCGCCAUGCCCACCGCCGCACCGCCAAACCGCCCCGUAGCCGGCGCCACGACGACAAUCUCGCCCGGCCGGAUAUCCACCUCGGACAGCCCGCCAAACGGCACCAGAAACACGGACAUCAGGGCCAGCUCCGCGGAGGUGUACCCCAUGCUCCGCACGAGGACGUCCUCGUUGAGCGGGAAGAGAUUCUCCAGCGGGAAGCUCGCAUACUCGGCGUACGAGGCGUCGCGCCACUCGCCGUCCAUCAGUUUCUGGGCUGCGGGCGACCCGCCGUGCAGGCCGUGCAGGAUCGCGGUGGAGGGCGAGUCCCGUGCGCGGAUGGUUGCGUCGCAGAGGACGAGCUGGCCGGGCGUCAGGGAGACGGCGUCCGGGCCGACUUCGCAGACGCGGCCGAUGGCACUGUUGCCCGGGGUCAUGGGCAGGGAGAGUGGGUAGGGACGUGUGCCGUCGAGCACUUCGUUCAUGUAGGGGACUAUGUUGGCGGCGAGAAUGCGGACCACGGCUGA